UUGUACUUUCUCCCACGUACUGAAACACUGAUCAGCCUUCUUUUUCAUUUAAUUUGUUAAGCCUGCAUUCACAUAGAAAGAAAGAAUCCACGGUCUCCCAGAUAUGGUGAUUCUCAAGCAAGCAGACUGGGUCUCGUACCAGCUCUUAGCUAACUCAUGUUACAGGGCUGCAAGGAAGAUGAGAAGCUAUGGUUUCUUGUUGAAGAACCCAUCUCAAAGAUCGUUACAGCAGCAAGCUCAGUUGUUUCCUAAUGUGAGCAAGUGCAGUUUGGAGAAUAGAGGGUCUGAUACAUUGGUGUGUGAUAUUCAUGGGGGCUUGUUAAGAACCAGUUCUUUCUUCCCUUAUUUCAUGCUAGUUGCUUUCGAAGGUGGUAGCAUUUUUAGAGCAUUUUUGCUGUUGCUGUCAUGUCCUCUUUUGUGGGUUUUGGACUAUGAGCUCCAGUUAAGGGUCAUGAUCUUCAUCACCUUCUGUGGGCUCAGGAUAAAGGAUAUUGAGAGUGUUGGUAGGGCAGUUCUGCCCAAGUUCUAUCUAGAGAAUCUUCAUCUUCAGGCUUAUGAGUUAUGGGCUUCAACAGGGUCAAGGAUUGUCUUUACAAGCGUCCCUAGGGUGAUGGUUGAAGGAUUUCUUAAGGAAUAUUUGAGGGUUAACAAAGUGAUGGGCACUGAGUUGCACACUGUUGGAAAUUUCUUCACUGGUUUGCUGUCUAAUUCAGGUUUACUAGUAAAGCACAGAGCUCUCAAGGAUGUACUUGGAGACAAAACGCCGGAGAUAGGCCUCGGAAGUUCAAGCCUUGAUGACCAUCUCUUCAUCUCUCUGUGCAAGGAAGCUUAUGUGGUGGACAGAGAAGAAAACAAGAACAGUGGGAGCAGUUCAGUAAUGACGAGGGACAAAUACCCAAAGCCACUUAUAUUUCAUGAUGGUAGGCUAGCUUUCUUGCCCACUCCAUUAGCAACUCUACUAAUGUUCAUGUGGCUUCCCCUUGGAUUCAUGCUCGCCAUCUUCAGACUCCUUGUGGGUGUCGUCCUUCCUUACAAAUUAGCUUUAUUUCUGGGCACUCAAAGUGGGGUAGAAAUAGAACUAAGCGUCAAAAGUUGCGACCCUCCUGCAAAAAGCGCAGGCCACAAAAGGGGUGUCCUGUACGUUUGCAGCCAUAGGACACUGUUGGACCCAGUUAUUCUCAGCUUAUCUUUAGGUAAGCCAUUGACUGCUGUGACAUAUAGCCUGAGCAAGAUGUCUGAAAUAAUAGCACCCAUUAAAACAGUGAGGCUGAGCAGAGAGAGAAAACGAGAUGGGGAGACCAUGCAAAGAUUGUUAAGUGAAGGUGACUUGGUGGUUUGUCCUGAAGGGACCACUUGCAGAGAGCCAUAUUUGUUGAGAUUUAGUUCACUGUUUGCAGAGUUAGCUGAUGAGAUAGUCCCUGUGGCCAUUAACACUCGUGUAAGCAUGUUUUAUGGAACAACAGCUAGUGGAUUGAAAUGCUUGGAUCCAAUUUUCUUCUUCAUGAACCCUAGACCUUGCUACCAAAUUCAUAUCCUUGAGAAGUUGCCCACAGAGCUCACCUGUGCUGGAGGCAGAUCAAGCUGCGAAGUGGCUAAUUAUAUCCAAAAACAGUUGGCUAAUGUUUUGGGAUUUGAGUGCACUACUCUUACAAGGAAAGAUAAGUACAUGAUGCUAGCUGGUAAUGCAGGCGUUGUCCAGUAAGGGUUUGAAAUCCUUUAUUUUUUCGUAAUUUUUUUUCUGUAUUAUUAACAAAUUGAAUCAACGU